AUGGGACUCAUCGACAACCGCAACCAUCAAGAUCGGCUUCUAUAUACCACACAUAAGAAUUUUUCGCUUCCCCUCGAGCAAGUUGCUCACUCCUCUCGCGAGCAUACUCUCCAGGGAUCCAGUGACCAAGCGGUCCCUUAUUCCAGCGAGCAAGUUGCUCCCUCUGCUCCCCAGUAUGACACCGAUCAUGCUACUGAGAAUGCGGUUCACCCUGCUGCAAACCAUGCUGCCCAAGUUCACGUCGAGAUUGAGGAAAUCAUCCCCUCAAUUGAAUCACCCACAGAGAACCUACCAAACGACGAUGACUACGCCACGGACCCAACGGGCUUAGCCGAGCCUGAACUGCGCAGGCGGGCAGUGGCGUGGAUGGAGCGGACAUACAGUCACCUUCCAAAUGGUACAAUUGUCCAGCCUCCAAGCUACUUUCGGCGCACUCGAUCCAGUCCGGCUGGUAGGCCGGCGGUCUGGAUCAAAGAUUUCGUUUGGGGGCAUAUCAGACCGCGACGGCUGACUAAUGAUCGCCUCGCUAAUAUGCCCCUGGCGAGAAGGGAGCGCUGGGCUCGAAGUCAAAGGAGGGAGUGUGAGGAGGAGGGCGACGAGGACGGGGAGGGAGAGAGUGAAGAAGAGGGCGAUUAA